GUUCUCAACCAUCCAAUCAACCAUAAAGCAUACGAUGUUCUCCAGAAACACGGUACGAUGCGAUUCAUCUCAGAUGUCUCUACCUUCAAAUACCUCCUUUAUAUUACAUUUUACAUUUUACAACCUACAUCCUGCAUCCUGCAUCCUGCCUCCUACACUAUAUUUGCGAAAAACCCAGCUAACGCCCCACACAGCCCUCAUCACCGUCUGCGCCGACGGCGGCGCAAACCAUUUCUACGACAUGAUGCGAAGCCGCGGCCGGGAAUCAACUGAUCACCCAACCCUCAUAAUCGGCGACCUGGACUCCAUCCGCCCCUCCGUUCGCAGCCACUACGAAGCGCACGACAUCCCCGUCAUCUACCACCACGACGACUACUCGACGGACUUCCAAAAAGCCCUAAAUUACAUCCGCGCCCACACGGACGAGAUCCUCUCCAAGACCUCACCCUCACCCUCACCUUCAUCCUCGCCCUUACCCUCACCCUCAUCCAGCAAACUCUCCCCAUCCCCUCCCACAGGCGAACCCCAACCCCAACAGCACCAGCACCAGCACCAACAUCAACAAGACCAACCCCCCCUCUCAAUCCUCAUCCUCGGCGGCCUCGGCGGACGCGUCGACCAAGCCUUCUCGCAAAUCCACCACCUAUACACCCAAACCCAACGCCACCGACACCUGCAAUCCGCAUCUCAAACCAAGCCCGGAAACCUGUACCUGAUCUCCGAGGAAAGCAUCACGUUUAUCCUCCACAGUGGGAAGAAUAUCAUCCACACGCCGCGGGCGAAUCGGGCCGCCCCGAAGCCCGAUGACGAGAAAGAUGGGAAUGGGAAUGGGAAUGAGAGUGGGAGCGAAGGCUAUCUCCUGGAAGAGAACGUCGGCAUCAUCCCGCUCUCUGGGAUGACGCGGAUCACGACGAAGGGGUUCCAGUGGGACGUGGAGGAGUGGGAGACGGAGAUCGGGGGCCAGAUUAGUACGAGUAAUCAUGUGCAGGCGGAUGUGGUGGAGGUCAGUGCCCCCGUGCCGGUUUUGUUGACGUUGGAGUUGGCGGGGAGGUUUAAGAGGUGAUUAUCGUUGUUAUUUUAUUAUUAUUAUUAUUUUUUUUAUUAUUUUUAUUAUUAUUAUUAUUAUUAUUAUUAUUGAUCCUUCUUGUGGGGUUGGAUG